UUGUAUGAUUUAUGGGAUAUUGAGAGAAUCGGAACGAAAGGGCCUCGCGCAAGAUUCUUAUCAAAAUGCGUCACAACGCAAGUGAAACUACUGAAGGUCGAGUGUAGCUCACAAAACCAGAAAAGAACCGGGGCUUACGACGACGACGACGACGACGACGACAAAGAAAUUCGUACCUACGCGAGCGUCGGGAUCGUUGAACGACCUCGAACUUUGAAUUUCGAAAACUCGCACAAGAGAGCGAUAUCUCGAAGAGCGUUUCUCGUAGAAAAGUGCGUUUCUCUGGAGAGCAGAGUAUCCGGUACGGCGACUUUUCUCGGCUUUUACGACGUGCUCGAACAAAACUGCCACGCCAAAGACAACUUGGUGGGCAAAGAAAAAAGCGGGGAUCCCAGAAUCGACGUACAUGAUCCGGAAUCGACGGCGAACGGAUCUGCUUCGUCCUUCGACAAUUCCUCCUCGGGUUCCUGGUUUGAAGACGUCCCGCGCAGCUAUAUAAGUCAAAACCAGAUCGCAAGCGAAGUGCACAGACAGUCCUUCAGCAAGGAGGUCGGCAGAGACACAUCGAGUACGAUGCAGACACUGAUUUCAAUUUUCGCGAUUCUCGGCGUGGCAACGGGCGCGCGGCUCACUCUGCUGCCGUACGCGUACCUGGCAGAUCCACUUCCGGUGUACUAUCAAUCGCAGGACACUCGUACCGGCGUGCAUUCAUACAGCUACGCCGGCGGACCGUCCGCCAAAGAGGAAAUCCGCGGUCCCGAUGGAGUCACGCGCGGUUCUUACAGUUACGUAGACGCGAACGGCUUUCUGCAGUCGGUCUUCUAUGUCGCGGAUGAGGACGGUUUCCGCGUUGCCGCGACAAAUCUGCCCUCAAACAACGGCAAUCCGCCGUACGAUACCAGCGAUAUCCUGCUAGCUAAAACGAUCCAGCUGGAAUCUUCCGCCGCGCGAGAAGAACGGAAAAAAGAAGAGAACCUCUUGGUAAGUCGCAGGAAGCGCAGUCUCAACGUGCCUGCCGCCGCCGCCGCCGAUCAAGAUCGCCAAAAUCAAGCAUCAGGAAAUCCGAGUCCUCAGCAAGAUCAGGCAAAUCAAAACCUCGCGAUCGCCUCGAAAAGUUCCCAUAAGCUUCCAGCGCCGGAAAAAACAGCCGGCGAAGGUCGAGCCCUCGUCGCGCCUGUCUACGGACUCCUAGACUCGGUUCUGAUCCCCAAGCUGAUUGGCACAGCGACCUCCGAGCAGAGCCGCGUCGAUGUUCACAAUAACAUCCGUUUAAAGGCCGUUCAACCCGUCUCUGAACCGGUGCUUCUUUCCAGUCAGGUUCUUUCGGCGAGCUCGCAGCAGCUCCAGAACAGCUUACGUGUCGACGCGCUCAAGAAAGACGCGGAAACGGUUCCAUCGCAGACAUCAUCGCUCGCUAUCGUCAACCUCGAACCGAUCCCGCUCGUCUCGGUUCUGUCAGACUACAACGAGAAUCGCAUUCAGCUGCACAAGAAUCUCGGAUUGGAAGGACCGAACCGUAAAGACGCUGUGAAGAUCGACGCGACGCAGUUGGCGAUUGUCGAGGAGACACCGAUCACAGCGGUUCCUGCGGCUUCUGCGGUUCCUGUCGUUAAGGAGACUUUUCUUCCGGUCGUCACCGCCGUCUCCAACCAAAGCAGGACGCAGAUUCACAAUAACGCCAAGCUCGAAGUAGCAGUUCCGGUCAAACCGACCGUAUACAUAGCUACUUCGUACGCUCAACCGAUCGCCGCGUUGCCGAUCUGGGCGCCUGUCGCUCAGUCCUCUCAGUAUCGCAGUCAAAUACAUUCGAGCGAGAAGAUUGAAUUAGCGAAUUAAAGAAAUCAGUCAAUCGCUUUUCUUAUUGUCUCCUUCUCUGAAUCAUAAUCUCUUUUGUUCCGUCACAGUCACUUCUUUUCCCGAUGAAUUCGAUUAAGUUUUUUAUAACGUAAAUUUAAAUCUACAAAAUUUGAACAUAUUACAGAUCAGUAGCUCUGUUUCGUAAACUAUAUGUCUGUCUGUGUUGCCACACGUAACUGUUAAAAUUAUUGUGUAAUUGUAUGUACGUCAGAAUCUUGCUAUACGUGAAGUAACAAUGAAAAUAUUUAAAUCUUUGAGAAAAUUAAGAUAUAUAAUAGUUUUAAGUUGCAUUCAGUCAGUCGUGCGACUCAAUAAUAUUCAAUAGAAUAAGUAUACACUUUUGCGCAUCUUUUAACGAGAGUUCCAUGACAAACUCGUUUGUGGUAGCUCGUUCUAGGGGCGCAUCAUUAUUACUCGUUCUCGUAUUCAUGUUUUGUAUAUUCACUCUUCUAUGUAACAAGCAUCUUAACACCCUUGCAUUAAAUUAUUGUAUGAUUGCGCGAUUAUCCCUCAAAACCACAACGUCAACUUUGUGUAAAUUGCGCAUCUUCCCUCGCGAUAAAAAAACUUGAAAUUGCACCUCUUGGAAUCACACUCACCUUGUCGUACUGCAGCAUAAUAGCGAAUAAUAAUCAAACAAUUGUUAAUUA